UGAAAAACAAUCAGUUUAGCAUUCGUCUUCGGUCUGAGAUCAUGCUUUCGAGGUUGUUCUUGUUGGUGGCGCUAGGCGUUCCGGUGGCUUUGGCUGCUGGAAUUUGCCAAACCGUGUUCAAAGACCCGAACUCAGAAGAACGGCCCUUCUUCCGGGUAUUUGAAGGGCAAGGCGUAGAAAUUUAUUACCCCAAACGAAACGCACAGCAGGAGAUGUUUGGAAUAAAGAUUUACAAAAAUCAAGAUCUGCGCAAGAAAGAUUUGCACUGUGAUCUUUGCGUGAACACAACACUCGUCGAGGAUGGAUGCUUCAAGAUUAAAAGCACUCUGCUGAGCGUGGAGAUAAGAGAUGUGCUAAAAUACGUUACACUUAGCAAGUUUUCGGGAAAUCCCGACGUGAAGGUUGCCGCUUCUAAGAAGGUCGAAUUUAACGAUUAUGUCAUUCCGUCUAGAUGCGAUUGCCGUAGCGUACCGAUUGGCGGUUGCAAAAAAGCGUCGCAAAAAAUAACUGAAUAUAGACCGCUGUUCAAGUUCCACGAAUCUUCCGGAUUUGCGGCGUAUAUUCCGAAAGCAUCGUCCACGGCUUCGUUAGGCCUGCAGGGGCUUAAAAAUAGCAAUUUCGUUCGUGGCGGAGGACAGCAAAAACUUGAUUUGAAUGUUGAUUCGUUGGUCGAACGGGAUGGUUGUUUCGUUUACGAUUCUACUACGGCAUCCAGUGCUGGACCGAAAUUUGCCUUGGGGGAUCAUUUAAAUUUUGUUGUGACCGGAAAGAAAAUCGGGGGCGAAAAAAUUCGUACCGAUCCCAGGAAGGUGUUUCUCACCGACUACUUCAUCCCAUCAUCGUGUACUUGCCAGCCAGAGUCAUCGAAUGUGGUCAAGCCACAGAAAGUUUCCCGGAAUUGAGCGUACAUUCCCUAUAGUGGCAGCCAGUACUUUUCGAAGUUUAAAUUUCCCGACCAGUCAAUCGCAGUGUCAGAUUAGUAUCAACUCAAAAAUGUGCGAAACUUGACGUUGAAAUUUUGCGGUCAUGCAACAGAGAGAAUAUUUCCCUCAUCGCAUCGGUCAGCCAAGGGCAGAUAAGAGGAUUAAUUUUCAAAACUUCACUGUACCAGCUACCAUUUUUUUCUGCUCUUUUGAAGGUAACUGAAGCUGUCAUAAUAAAGAUAUCCUGGAAAA